AUGGCGACUGGCAGGGCGAUAGAAUUCGCGUCGAUUGUUUUAAAAGAAUUGCAGCUACCGGAGGAAGCUUUGGAAGUAUUCGGAGACCAGUUUGGAGUGAAGCGCCUCAUCGAAGUUUCCCGGGACGAAAUUUUUUCGCUCUUUGCCGAGUCCUCCCCCGGUGAGGAAAACAAAUUGCUGUGGAAUGUGGAAGAAAUCUUCCGCCGGAUAGCGGAGUGGCGACAAAAACAGGGAUACGAGUUGCUUUUUUUUGCAACGGUGGACGUCGAAAGCUUGUCACCGGAAAUUCAGCGGUCUAUUGUACAACCUGAUGACAAAUCACAGGAACAGAAAGCGUUCUACAAUCAAAGGCAGGAAUCUUUAUCCUAUAAACAGGCAUCUACAAGCGAUGAACAACAGGUAGUCUUCAAACCAAGUUGUUUCGUGAAAGAUUCGGGCAAGAUUUCUCAUUUUGCUCUAACACAAGUUCUUAAUUAUUUCAUUUAUGAAAAACAAUUUUUUUCAUUGAACGAGCUAAAUCUACAAAAACAUCAAUUUUCAAAGGUUGCAUUAGAUAAAUCCCUUCCCAGAAUGCCCGCUAUAGGUGAAGUAACUCACCCUUCAAGAAAAGGAAAUCGGUUUCGAUAAGAGCAACAGCAAGUGAAACUAAAUCAUUUAUGCAUUUCUUUAACUUAAUGGUUGGGGCAUUUGUUCCGCAACAAGACCCUGUGUGGGAAUUCGUGAAAGUUAUUACUAAGUUGUCAGAUAAAGUCCUAAGUUCAUCCUA